AUGGCAUCUACUCGUUCCAUUGUCAAAGUUGCGGCUGUGCAAGCUGCUCCCGUCUCCUUUGACCUGGAAAAGAGCCUGCAAAAGCUGAGUAAGCUAACAGAGGAAGCUGCAGCGGCUGGUGCGGACCUUGUGGUGUUCCCGUCUCUCUUGUUGAAGUUGCUGAAAUAUCACAGGGAAGCUUUCUUGUCUGCGUACCCAUGGCGAUAUUCUUUUGAUACGACAAUUGGUGCCCGAGAGCCAAGAGGGCGCCAAUGGUUCGCCAAGUACUUUGAUUCGGCUGUCGAAGUGCCCUCUCCCGCUUUCGAAAAGCUCUGCGAGAUAGCCAGGGCAAACAACGUUCUCUUGCAAGUCGGAAUCAUAGAAAAAGCAGGCGGCACGCUGUACUGUACUGCGCUGCUUCUCGACCGCGAGGGAAAGAUUGUGUACAAGCAUCGCAAGUUAAUUCCGACGGCGGCCGAACGUCUCGUAUGGGGAAGAGGCUCCGGCGAUGGCCUUCAGGUAUUGCAGACGGAUGUUGGAAAGAUCGGAAGCCUCAUCUGGUUGGUCGCUCCGUGA